AUGGCCUGGGAAAGGGAAUGGGGGAUGGAGAAGGGAUGGGGCUCUGGCUCCGGCCCCGGCUCUGAAUAUGAAUCUGGCUUGAAUCUGACUAUUGCUUUGACUUUGGCUUUGGCUUUGACUCUGGAGUUGGCAUUAUUGGCUCUGCGGUAUGGGAGAGGCCGUCCGAGAAGGAGGGAGGGAGGGAGGGAGGGAGGAGGGGGGGGCAAAACGGACAGGAUGUGCAAGGAGACAACUCUGCUGCACAUGCUGCCGGAAAGACAGAUUUUUACUUACAAAUUGAACCAUGAUCCCAACGAUAUGAGCCACUCGGCCCAUGGCUUCUGGUCCACGGAGAUCCUGGUCACCAAGUUUCUUGCUCAACGUGAAGCUUCGAAGGCGGAGAAGCUCAAUAUUCUCAUUGUCCGCGUCGUAGCCCUAUCAGAUAAUAGAGUUAGCCAUCAUGUAACUAAGUAUAUCUCAACGGUAAAAAAUUGGAGUGGGAGGGGUGUGGUAUGGGAGCCGUUGUAA